GCUGCAAAAGCUCAGCGGGUCUGGCAGCAUCUGUGAAGAAAAAAAUCAGUUAACGUUUUGGAUCCGGUGACCCUUCCUAAGAACUGGAGACAUAUUUGUUUCGUUUCGGUUAAUUUGUGUUGGGAGGGUUCUCUCUCUGCUGCUCCGUGCCGCCUAUUGCAAUCCCCGGGACUGUGCAGACGACGGGCCCGCGCUGUAUUCCUGACGGAUCCAUCCCCCGCCGCGGUUCCAAUCCGGCCGGGAGGGCAGCGGUGACGUCACCUCCGUCUCCCAGACCAUGGCUGCGAGCACGCGAACGGCCAACCUGAAGACUUUGCUGCAGUUCAUCCAUUGCAUGGGACAGCUGAAGAGAGUACCUCGAACAGGCUGGGUAUAUAGAAAUGUAAAAAAGCCUGAAAGUGUGUCAGAUCACAUGUACAGGAUGGCUGUUAUGGCACUCUUAACUGAAGAUCAAAAACUCAACAAAGACAGGUGCAUAAAAUUAGCAUUGGUUCAUGAUAUGGCAGAAUGCAUUGUAGGUGAUAUAGCACCAGCAGACAACAUCAGUAAAGAGGAAAAGCACAGGAGAGAAGAAGAAGCUAUGAAACAUUUAACUGGACUAUUAAGUGAUGAAGUUGGUAAAGAGGUCCUGGGGCUUUGGGAGGAAUAUGAGAACCAGUCCAGUGUUGAAGCCAAGUAUGUGAAAGAACUGGAUCAGUUUGAAAUGAUUAUGCAAGCUUUUGAAUAUGAAGAGCUGGAACAAAGACCUGGUCAAUUGCAGGACUUUUAUGAUUCGACAAAAGAAAAAUUUCAUCACCCUGAAAUUCUUCAACUGGUAGCAACAUUAAAUGCAGAAAGAAAUUCCAGGCGAACAAAGGACAGCACUUCAGAUACACAGUAUUCUCGGGAGAAUGGGCCACGCAUAUUGCCUCAGAGCACAAAACUCUAGGACAGCAUUGUGGAUUAUAGGAAAAAAUGUUUUUUUCCUAUGAUUGCAUCUAUUUAUUUUGAACCAGCAAAUACAUGACUGAGCAAAACCAAAUAUUUAGCGUUUGAUACGUUCUCCAUAUGCUGGAAGUCAGUGCAUGUAUUUCCUUAGACAGGAGUGAAUAUUUAAAAUUUCAAUUGUUUUUCUAACUAAGUUAACCUUCAAUUUGUUUAUUCUCAUCAAGGCAUUUUUAAAUAUUUGGAUGAAAUGGGUGUAAAGUUAUUGAUGGGAGCAGUGUGUUCAAAUUUUUAAUUUGGCUCCAUGAGCAAACUGUGCUAAAAAUCCAUGACAAAAGAGACCCACCCAGUCAGGCUGGUUUAUUUACUGCAGAAAAAAAAUUCAUGUUUGGAGCAGUGGCCACUCAUUUGAACUUGAAAAUUGGAAAAAAAAGGAUCUAACAGUGAGCACAUCACUGGGCUUGUUUUGGUUGAUUAGAAAGUAUCUCGUGCCCAUGAAUAAAUCUGUUAAAGACAACACCUGCUGAAGUGGCAGCCACCGUUUCCUCACUUUUCACGGGGAAGUUACCAUUUUAAAAUUUCUGCAAUAGCUCAGCAGAGAAGAUGUUUUAAUUAAAGUGGUCCUAGGAAAACCACCAAAAAUGUCAUUAGGAGCAAAUUACUGCAGAUCCUGGACUCAGUACCAAAGACAAAACAAAUGCUGGAAAUCACAAAAUCACAGCAUCCAUGGAGAGAGCAAUGGAACUGAGUCUAGAUAACUCUUCAUUAGAUGAGUCUGAAGAAGAGUCAUCUAGACUCAACGUUAGCUUGCUGUCUGUCCAUGGUUGCUGCCUGACCCGCUGUGAUUUCCAGCAUUUUUGUUUUCAGAAAAUGCUAUCAAAUGUGCAACUAUUUAAAAGUGAGCUCUGUUUUGAAUCCUUACAGAGCUGCAAAAACUUGGAGGGCUCGUUGUUUGAAGGUCUACAUGGUGAUAAAAAUACUACAGUUGCACCAUGUAAAAUACGUACUACCUUUUAGGGAUUUUUUUAAAAGAACUGGGAACUUUUAGUGCAACAUACCUUGCCUGUCAUCUGGACAAAUGACUGGAACAGCAGAGAAAGGUAGUUUUGUAUCUUGCAGGUUGGGGAUUGAUCAGUCAGUGGUAACAGCCCACCCACAUUUCCAUUCUCCACCAUACAAAAUCACCUCUCACUUCUCCAGUCAUUCUGCAAGACGAAAUGCUGCUUGAGAAUGAGGAAUACCAAUUUCUUUAAGGAACUCUGCUGACGUAACAACAAAAAUUUCCUGUGAUGUAGCCAUAAAGUCAAAGUUAAAUGACCUCAGAUGGCAUUAUAAAUCUGCUUCAAUAAAGCCAAGUGGAUUUCA